AUGACAGACCAUAUCUCACGGAAUAACAGCAACCGCAUCGAUGUCGACGCCGAGAAGGAGAGGACCGAGAAUCUCGAGUUGGUAGCCGAGCCACAGAUUGCCGUCUUCCCUCACAUUGACCCUGCUCGUCGAGCCGUCGUCGAGAAAAGUCUCAAGCGCAAGCUCGACGCCCGUUGCAGCGUGUUUGUUCUGAUUUAUAUCAUGAACUAUCUCGAUCGUAACAACAUCUCUGCUGCCCGUCUCAAGGGCCUGCAGACCGACCUUAACCUCACCGACAGCCAGUACUCAACGUGCCUGAGUAUUUUGUAUGUUGGAUAUAUCUUGAUGCAGGUGCCCUCCAAUAUGUUUAUCAACCGUAUUCAACGCCCUUCCAUCUACAUUUCCAUCUCUAUGACCCUCUGGGGUCUUGUCUCUACAUGUUCUGGAUUCGCAACCAAUUUCGGCAAUAUGGUGGGUAUUCGUUUCUUGCUGGGUUUCGUUGAGGCUGCUUUUCUUCCUGGCGCUCUCCUCAUUCUCUCCAAGUGGUACACCCGCAAAGAACUGACCACCCGAAACGCCAUUCUGUUCUGUGGUAACCUUAUUUCAAACGCCUUCUCGUCACUCAUUGCGGCUGGGAUCCUGUCCAAUAUGCAAGGUGUCCUGGGCCAUGCUGCUUGGCGGUGGCUGUUUUGGAUCGAGGGUGCCAUCACCAUGACUAUUGCCAUUUCCUCCGGAUUUAUUCUGCCCGACCUUCCCACCAAUGCCCGAGGAUUUACGGAGGAAGAGCGUCUCGUCGCCCAGAUUCGUAUCAUGGAGGAUGUUGGUGAGGCUGAUACUGAUUCCGAAGAGCAGAGUCCCUUCGCUGGUCUCAUGAUGACACUGAAAGACUUUAAGAUCUAUCUUAUGAUGGUAUCUUUUACUGCCUAUGUCGUAGGGUUGUCCUUCAAUGCAUUCUUCCCCACCCUUACCAGUACCCUCGGAUUUGCCUAUGUACCCACUCUGCUUAUGAGUGCUCCCCCAUGGGUGUUCUCAUGUAUCUUCUCCCUGAUCAAUGCGUGGCACGCUGACAGAACCCAAGAAAAGAUUUGGCACAUUUACAUUCCAAUCUUUAUGGGUUUGGCUGGGUUCAUCAUCAGCAUGUCGACUUUGAACGUAGCAGCCCGCUACGUGGCGCUUUUUCUCCAGGCAGGCUCCUAUGCAGGCUUCAUUGUUUUCUACUCUUGGAUCAGCUCCUCCUUCCCAAGACCACCCGCCAAGCGAGCCGUGGCUCUUGCUUUGAUCAACGCGUUCAGUCAACUUGGUAAUAUAGCUGGCUCGUACGUUUGGAAUCUUUCCGAUAAUGGAUACCGCAAGAGCUACGGCGUCGUGACUGCCAUGUACGGUAUUACCGUCAUCGGAUUUUGGGCUUUCCGCAUGAUUCUUGUGAAUUUAAACAAAAAGCUUGAGGAGAGCGAAGCUGCGUGGGAUGCAGAACAUACUUCUGAUACUCAAACAGGUGAGGUCAUCUUCAUGGAGAGUACUGAUGAGUCGUUGCGUAUGCGCAAGGGAUUCAGAUACCUGGUCUAG